AUGGGACAACAGUCCAUUGUGGGGACAUCAAGUGCCACUUCUCGGUCCAUAAACGAGACCGAAACACAAGCGUUGCUUGCAAUCAAGGCACGAAUACUCAUUGAUCCCUACGAGGUCUUUGUUUCUUGGAAUGGUUCUCGACAUUUUUGCGACUGGCCAGGAGUAACUUGUGGUAGACGGCAUAGACGUGUGACUGCCUUGCGUCUACCGUCACUCAAUUUGGUAGGCGAUCUAUCUCCUUACAUAGCUAAUCUUACAUUCCUUAAAGUGAUCAACGUCGGGAACAAUAGGUUCCGUGGUCCGAUCCCUCGAGAAGUUACUAAUUUGCAUCGUUUAGAGGAAUUGGUUCUUGCCAACAACUCUUUCCAUGGUGAACUUCCAAGGCAACUUGCUCUUUGUUCAAACCUAAAAUUUGUCAACUUAAACCAAAACGCUCUAGUAGGGGAAAUACACGCUGAGCUCGGUUCUUUGUCCAAGCUCCGUAUGCUUCAACUAGCCAUGAAUAACUUCACAGGGACAAUUCCACCUUCAAUAGGGAACAUCUCUUCCCUUCAAUAUCUUUCGUUAAUGCAGAACCAGCUUGAAGGACACAUACCGAUUGAGCUCGGUCAUCUGUCAAACUUGCGAUUUCUUCAAUUGGCUUCAAAUAAGUUCUCUGGUACAGUUCCUAAAGAACUAUACAAUAUCUCAUCCAUUUUUUUCUUCGGUUUAGCUGAUAACCAGUUACAAGGCCAGGUCCCUCCUUAUAUAAGCUUGAGCCUUCCUAACCUUAGGUUCAUUUACCUUGGGAAAAACAAGUUUUCAGGGCCAAUUCCAACAUCAAUAGCCAAUGCCACUGGGCUCAUACAACUCGAUAUGGGUUCAAACGAGUUGUCUGGACCGAUACCGAACUUGGGAAGCCUUCAGAAUCUACAAGCAUUGAAUUUCGGCGACAACUUCCUUGAUAGCUCCAGUGAUUUGAGUUUCCUCAGUUCAUUGACUAAUUGUACCAAUCUUAGUCUCUUAUGGUUAUACAAAAAUAACCUGACCGGUGUUUUGCCAGACUCGAUCGGAAACCUCUCUACAAAUCUCAACCAAUUCCGGAUCGAAACCAACUUCAUAUCUGGUACUAUACCGAAAGGGAUAGGAAACCUUGUAGGCUUGGAAUACCUUGGAUUGUUUGAAAACAUGUUCACAAGCACCAUCCCUGAUUCUAUAGGAAAAAUUUCCAAGUUGAAAUUUUUAUACGCAUACACAAAUAGAAUUACAGGGGAAAUUCCUUUAUCUUUAGGGAACAUGACCCAACUAAUUGCUCUUAGCAUUGAGGAUAAUUUGUUACAAGAAAACAUACCUGUAACAAUGGGUAACUUCAUUCACUUGGAACAAUUGGAUCUAUCUCAGAAUCGUCUAAACGGCACGAUACCAAAGGAAGUUAUUGGUCUCUGUUCGUCCAUAAUAGGCGUUAGCUUUGCUUCAAAUGGUUUAACAGGGACUUUACCAUCAGAGCUCGCUCGAGAAUUGUUUGAUGCUCGAGUUGCUUUCCCUGCAAGGAAACUCUUUUAA